UUUGCUUGGAUCAAUUCCUUAUGCUGAGAUUCUCUUCUUAUUGUAUCAACGUCACUCCGUUCUGGCAUUUCUGCCAUCGUUGAUUUGAAAGAGAACUGAUCAUCAUGUGGAUGCAGAUUUACGGAUAUAAAUUCAUUGAUAUAUUCGGUACUUUACGGAUGCCUAAAGGGAAGAGGAAAUACAAGUCUGGGGGGCUUUUACGUCAGAAGCAGGACCCAAACUUUGCCAGUGAAGAAGAAUCAUUUGCAGAUAACAGUAGUAUUGUCAGCAAUUUAUCUGAAUUAAGAGUCGAUAGUGAUGAUGAUACAUUGAUUGAAGCUGAUGAUGAAAUAGUCACAACAGAUGAUUUUGAAGAUAAACUUAAAGAGGCCAUCGAAGGCACUUUGCAGAAAAGUGCAAAGACACGUAUAAAUUCUCUUGAAGUUAUCCGAAAGAGUUUGUCUUCAAAGUACAUGUUUGAUUUCAUCAUUGAUAGGAAAGUUACUAUGUGUGAUGUAGUUGAACGAAGUUUGAAAAGAGGUAAAGGAGAAGAGCAGAUUCUAGGAGCAAUAGUGGCAGCUUUGAUUUGCACACAGCUUGGCUCAGUAGAAGAAAGUGAAACUGUGUUCCAAACAAUACAGCCUAUUCUUCUAAUCUUACUCUCUGAUCCUGUUAUACCACCAGCAGUAAGGGCACAAUGUGCAUCAUCACUAGGACUUUGUUGUUUUAUUUCAUGCUCAGGACCUGAAGUUAUUCAAUCUACUAUGGAAUCUCUGCAUUCUGUGUUCAGUGCUUCUUUCUUCAAAGGCAAUGGUGUAGCUCCCACUCAUAAACCUGAAAUAAGCUCACUGCACAGUAGUGCUCUCUUAGCUUGGAAUCUUCUCCUAACUGUACUUUCACCUCCUUAUAUCAUGGACCUUGUUAAUACCCAUUUAAAAAAAUUGCCUCAAUUACUUGACAGUAUAGACGUCGAUUUAAGAAUAGCAGCUGGAGAAACUUUAGCAGUAUUCUAUGAAUUAAUCCGACAAUGUCGAGAGGACUUUGAAGAUGAUAUUGACAGCUUAUGCGAUAAACUACGUUUGUUGGCAACAGAUAGUCAAAAGUUUAGAGCAAAGAAAGAUCGUAGACAGCAACGAUCCAGUUUCAGGGAUAUACUUAGAGCUAUAGAGGAAAGAGAGCCAUUAGAUAUCCGUGUUAAAAUUGGCAAAGAGGUACUGUACAUUGACAACUGGUGCCACAAACGACAGUAUGAUGCAUUCUGCCAGAUACUUGGUUCUGGCAUGAACCUUCAUUUAAAACAAAAUGAAUUACUUCGCGAUAUCUUUGAGCUUGGUGCUCCUAUAAUAGAAGAAAACCCCUUCACAAAAAAGUCAAAAUUACAAAGACAUAGUGCUCAUCUUGCUGCUUGUAAGGCAAGGACUAAGUGUCUAAGCAAGCUACGAGAUAAAAGAGCAGAUGUUAUGUGUUGAAAAUACUUUCCUUCAAUUGUUGAGGGUUUUACAAGCAUUUAAGAAAACCUGUAAAUUAUCUAUACAAUAUAUAAAUUAUUUAUGUCACCCAUUUUGAUUGCUUCCAGUGAUAUCAUUGACUAUAAUACUUUAAAACUAUUUGGUUUUUAAAUACAUUUAAAUAUGUAUCUGGUGCCUCCUUAAAUUAAUUUUUUGGAGAAUGCACUAAACUUAAAAUUUAAUUUAUUUGUUUUUAUUUAUUUAUGAGUACAUAACAAAAAAUACUAUUAUGUCAAGCAUCAUUUAUAUUGUGCUUCCUUAACCUUAAUAUGUGGAAUUAUUACUUAUCCUGCAUAUUCUUAAUUUUAUACAUAACUUUUUAUUUAUGCAUAAAACAUUUUUAAAUAAAAACAUUUUAAUACCGAAAUUUACAAUACUUUUGUAGUGCCAUUUUAUAAGAUUCGAUUAAUGUAGAUGUCGCAGUAGGAAUCUGUUCAGAACAUUUGACACUGCUCCUGAAAGUGAAUUGUUAUGUUUUUAGAGUGUUAUUUGCCAAAGCUUAUUAUGAAUAUUUUCAGUAACAUUUGAUGGAGUUUGAAAAAAUAUAUAUAUGUAUUUAAAAAUAAAUUUUGUAAGUUAUAUUAGUUUGGUAUUACAUUAUUGCAUAGUUAAUUUUGAGAAUAAAAAAGUUAUUAUUUUAUUAAUGAUUACUUGCGAUAGGAUUGUUGGAUUCUGAACUUUUCUUUAUUUAAAUUUAUGAAAGCUCUACACAGUUUUUCAUUAAGUAAUUUGUAUGACUAAUUGUGUUAAUUCUUUUUUAUCAUAAUUGUUUUAUCAUUCAGAUAUAUAACAUUUGUGAUUUGUUUUGGUGGGAGAGUAAAGCAGUUAAUAAUUUGUUUCUUUUUUAAUGCCCGUUACUUUAUAAUUAGUUGUAUGGAAGGAUAUAAAUCAAUAAUAUUCUCAUUGAAUUGCAUUUCAUUCAUUAAUGUAAAAUAUCAUUAAAGUGGGGUUUUUUUUUUUUUAAUAUUUGCUGCAUUCAAUCAUAUUGCUGAAUAAAUUAUUAGAGUAAAAAUUUUCUGAUAAAAGAAAUAUAUUUUAUUAUGAAUUAAUAUUAAAAAUCUAAAUUAUAAUAACCGUUUGUGAAAGUUUUUUCUUAAAAUUUACACAUGAAAGUCAAAUGAACAGAUUGUGUGUAUCAGCGUGUUAUUUUUGUUGGUGAUAUUUUAAGUAUGUGCAGUUUCAUGUUAUAUAACUUUUUGAAAUAAUCUUAUUUUGUUUAAGUUGCCCUAUUAAAUUGUGUUAUCAAUUUAUAUAUAUAUAUAUAUGUGUGUGUGUGUAUAUAUGCAUGUAAAGUGUUAACACUCCUCAGAAAUAGUUGAUACUUAAAUAGGUAUUUAACUUCAGUUGUGUAUAUUUAAUUUAAAUGCCAGUCUUUGAGAUCUGUUUUGAAUCAGAGGAAAAAUAAUUUUAGCCUUUAGUUUAAUUUUGUUCCUAUUUUGAGACGACCUGGUUGUCAAAGACUGUGAUUUAUGUGGAAGAAAUGUAUACAAAGAAAUAUUUAAUUAUUGUGUAUAUUAGGAUAAGUUUUAUCUAAAGCUGUUUUCUCCCAUUAUGUACUUGUAUGGCUAUAAUUGUUGUAUAAUUAAUAAAUAUAAUUUACGAAUGAA